UGGGUCUCAAUCUCAAAUGGAAAGCAGAGCCUGCCCCUGCCCCAUGGGUUUGGUCCACCCUGCCCUCUCUGGCUCUCUACCUUCCUCUCUUCACUUUCAACUUUCAAUUUUGAACUUUGAAGCACCCCUCCCCCACUCCCCCAACCACCAAAACCAUACUCAGCCAAGACCCGAGAGGGAGAGGGAGAGGGAGAGAGAGAGAGAGAGAGGGGGGUGAGGUGGGCUUAUAAUUGCUCUCAUAAAUUCGUCAAAGAUCUCUGCACACCAGAUUUUCUCAACCCCUUUGGUUUUGCUUUGCUUGCAUCAUCAUUUCAUCUCUCCUCCCUCAUUUCUCUCACACAUACACUCUCUCUCUCUCUCUAAAAAAGUACCCUGCCUCUGCUGCUGCUCUCUCUUUCUCUCUCAAUGCCUUGUGAGUUUAGUUAUGAGAGGCUCCGUUGAGAAAGCAUAAAAAUUCUUUACUUCCUUUACUCUUCUUUCUCAUCACAUUAGUUUCUUUUAUCCGAAAUAGAUAAAAAGUAAAGGCCUUUCUCUGAAAAAUGGUGCUGGGAACGCCUGCCAUGAACAGGAGUUUGAACAGAGAGAAUCCACAUAUUUUGGUUGUGAUGAUUGCAGUGAAGCAGAUAAUGAAGAAGGGUAAAGGAGAUCGGUCAUCAGAGAUAGGGAGGGAUGGGCCCUCCAAUAUAGCCUGCUACAGAAAUGAGUGGCACUGCAGCAAGCAGGAGUUAUGUCUGUAUUCUAGUUUCCCUUACUAUCCCCUUGCUUGUUUUUUUACUCGUGUUGUUGUGUGGCUGUUCCUCUCUCCCUCUCUCUCUAUCUCUAUCCCUACUCAUGGGUCCAUCCAUUCAUCUCUGCAUUUCUCUGCAGAGCCCUCUUUUCGGCCUUUCUACACUCUCUUUCUUGCUUUUAAUGGUUUCUCUGAGAUGGGUGUCCUUUGUUUUCCUGACCCAUUUGUAUUCUUGAGCUUUAAAGUCUUGUGGCGUGGUACACAGUGAGGGAGAGGAGAGAUGAUCAUCAUGAUUCUUCAUGGGGCUUGAGAUUCUGAAUGUUUCAGUGUCUUGGGUUUCGGGUUCUUGAAGAAAAUCCCACUUUUCUGCUCAUGCAAAGAAGUUAACCCACCUUUGGGAUUGGCUUUUAUUUCAAAAUCUGCGUUGUUUGAGAGUGGUUGGGGAUGAACGCACGAGUCCCCUGCUAGGCGCUACCUUUUGUUCUCUUUGUUAAAGAAGAAACAACUUCCUUUACCGACUCUGCUCUGUGGCAUGUUAUUUUUUACUCUUUUGGGGAGAAAGGAAAGCCUAUCACUCCUUGUGAAUUUUGCACUGCGAUUGCUUGUUUUGGGUUCUCUGAGGAAACUUGCCUGCAGUGACUAUCAAUGUGGAAGCAGACCACUUUAUCUUCUUAAACUUACCAUUAUAUCUGCAUCCAUAUACUUUACUCCAUUACUUGCCUCUGAGUUUUGACGAGGUAUCAGGCGGAGCAAAUUGCAUCUUCUUCCCUGUGGCUGGAUGGUUGGUAGCUCAUUUACUGAUGCAUGGAAGCAGGAGAAUUCUGGAGCAUUUAGAGAAUAAUAGUUGGGAGAAUGAUUUAGCUGCUGCUUUUUGAAACUAAAGCGCUUAUUCUUUGGUAUCUCAUGAUACGAUGGACCACGGGACGUUUAGUAUGCAGUUAGAUAUGGCUGCUCAGAAUCCUAUGCUUGUAGAUGGAAUUUAUUCAAAUAUGAAUUCAGAUUUGCUGGUUCAGCCCCAUUCAUUCGAUCUUAAUAACCAAAGUCAGAUCAUGACCGGAUAUCCAACGCUUUCUACAUUACAAGGAGAAACUAUCAGUGAUCUUCACGGCAGCAUUCCUGUAUCAGAUCAUAGGGGUAUUUGUGAUUCUGAUACAAUAUUUUCCCAUUUAACACUUGGAAGGAAUGCCAUUAGAGAUGCCUCACUCAGCAGUCUGCAUCCAAUUAGUAACUCUGAGCUUCAGCAGCACUUUGUUAGAGAAAUGCCCUUUUCUGCAACUUCACUGGCUACACUUCUGGCCACAGGAAACAGCCUUCCUGAAAAUUUAAAUGAUUUAACAAUUUCAGUGCCUUCAGCCUUGCCUUCAGAAAUUUUGAGAACUUAUGUUUUGAAUGACUGCUCUAACACUUCAAAUUCUUCAUUUACGGCCUCUUUGAGUUGUGCAUAUGAUGGAGACCAUACCAAUAUGAACAGUUUUGACAGCAUUCUACCUUGUGCAGAAAUCCCAGAAAGAGCAAGGUUUCCACCACCCCGAUUCAGGGAAGACCUGGGCCCAAACGGGCGGAUACUAUCCAACAAUGAAAAUAUGAGCAUGGGCAAUCCUUAUGGAUCUUCUAAAUAUAGUAAUGAGCUGUCUCUAAGUCUUGGCACAGUCCAAGCUUCUACUAUAUGUGGGACAACUACUACCGACCAGUGUUCAGAAAUAAGUUGUUCUGGUGCAGCUAAACAUUCUUUGAACAAAACAGGGUUGGGUUCAGAACAAACUUCUUGCAACAAUAAGGAACUUUCUCUGAGUUUCAGUUCUUAUAGACCUGCCCAACCAAUGCAAACGUUAUGUGGAUCAAGAUAUCUUCAUGUGAUUCAGGAAAUACUUGCUGAAAUUGCAAGCUAUUCACUUGGUAGUCUAGAUCAUACAUGCUAUUUUCCCAGUGAGUCAGCUGCUGGUACACGUUUCUCUUCAGGUCAGACCCUGGAGAGAGGAAUUUCAGUAACAGGUUUUGGUGAAUUUCCUGAUGAGUGUGGUAGAUUUGAGGUUCAAACUGAGCCAACAUUGCCAAGACGAGAGGUUGAAGCAAGGAAAGCCCAACUGCUGGCUCUGUUACAAGUGGUUGAUGACCAAUAUAGCCGAUGCUUAGAUGAGAUCCAUACUGUAAUAUCUGCAUUCCAUGCUGCAACUGAAUUGGACCCUCAGCUACAUGCACGCUUUGCUCUUCGAACAAUCUCUUUGUUAUAUAAAGACCUGAGGGAGAGAAUUAGCAAUCAAAUCCUUGCAAUGGGAGGGCAUUGCAGCGAUGGAAAUGCAAGAGAAAAGGAUGGAUCUUUUGAGACUUCUUUCAUCCAAAAGCAGUGGGCUCUUCAGCAGCUAAGAAGAAAGGAUCAUCAACUGUGGAGACCUCAACGGGGUUUACCUGAAAAAUCCGUCUCAGUAUUACGAGCAUGGAUGUUUCAGAACUUUCUUCAUCCGUACCCAAAAGAUGCAGAGAAGCAUAUACUUGCUGUAAAAAGUGGAUUGACAAGGAGCCAGGUAUCUAAUUGGUUUAUAAAUGCUCGAGUUCGUCUGUGGAAGCCAAUGAUCGAGGAGAUGUACUCGGAACUGAACAGAAGAAGGGCUCGUCAAAACGAUGAAGGAACCGACAACUGCAGAAGCCGUGUUGGCAUGGAGAACCAGAGAUUUAAAUUGAACUGAAGCUGAAAAAGAAAGUGUUCAUAGGAGAUGGAUCAAUGGGUUUCUUGAUCAUUCAAAAUUAAGGAAAUAGUAGAAUGCGUCACUGAUACAACUGUACAUAAUGCUCUUUAUACUGAUUGGGAGCUGGGGUUGAUUGUUAUGGAGCAAAAUUCUGCUUAUGUGUUCUAGCCUGAGCAUUAUUACUGGAAUCCAUCAGAUAAUUUGAGUAAUUUAUUUGGCA